AUGAAUUUGUUUGCUUACUUCGUGCUGUUCGUGGUGGUUAUAGCAUUCAUUCUGGUGCUACCGCUUUUGUCGGGCACUUUCACCUACAAGUUGCAGAAACCGGGCGCCAAGACAUCAUCUCGGAACUCAGAUUCCAGUAGUUUGUCCAAAAGACAGAGGUUCCGUGAGAAAAUGAGGUUCUCUAAAGAACAGACGCCAUUAAAAAUCCAGUUGAGCCACGAAGCUCACUCUUCGAGUCGAGGGAAUGAGUCUGAAAGCGACAGUAAGGUGGGUCUCAAAAAACGCACUAUUAGAAAAUUCGAUUCUGACCCAAACACUUUCGACUAUGACAUUGCAGAGCUGAUGGAGGAAGACGAGCGGGAAGAACAACGCGAACGCGCGCUACAAUUUCAAAAGUUUGCUGGUAAAGAGCAGGAAACGCACGAGUCGUUGGUGUGA